AAUAUUAUACCCAAACUCUCCAUUGCAGCUACACCUCCACGAGCAAGAUCUUCAUAAGACAGCACCUCUUGCAAGUCCUGGCAAUGCGGCGCCUACGCGUUACAUAUGCGCAACCAUUUCGCCGGCCAUUCUCCACGACCAAUACCUGCCGCGAUGUCGUCGACCUGGCAUUCCACCGACACGACCCUCCCGAGCAAGCCAACAAGGGACCAUCGAUAAUCCUCAUGCACGGCCUCUUCGGCUCCCAGCGUAACAAUCGCACGAUGAGUAAAGUCCUAGCCAAAGACCUCUCCCGGCCUGUUUACACCCUCGACCUACGCAACCAUGGCGAAAGCCCGCACUCCCCCGUGCACGACUACACAAGCAUGGCCGAGGAUGUCGAGCACUUGCUUUCCGCACAAUCGAUCUCUAAACCCACACUAAUAGGCCACUCGAUGGGCGCAAAAGUCGCCAUGACAAUGGCCCUGCGCUCCCCCUCAAAAUACUCAGCGCUGAUCCCAGUGGACAACGCACCCGUCGACGCUGCCCUCAAAAGCGACUUCGGCACAUACGUCAAAGCGAUGCGUGAAAUCGAGGAGCAUAAACCCCCAGUCGCCAAACAGAGCGAGGCCGACAAGAUUCUGGCAAAGUACGAAUCCGACACAGCGAUCCGUCAAUUUCUCCUGACCAACUUGGUCAAAACGACACCUGGUGGUGCCGAACACCAGCAUAAGCACGGUGAACACAGACAUCCUCAAAAGACGGAGUUGAGAUGGCGUAUACCGCUGCACACUUUGGCCAAGAGCUUGCCUGCGAUGGCGGAUUUCCCGUUCAAAGAUCCAGACGAGGCGAGGUUCGAGGGGCCCACGUUAAUUGUGCGAGGGACGAAAUCUCACUAUGUCGCGGACGAUACGCUGCCUUUGAUCGGACGGUUCUUUCCUCAGUUCGAGGUGCUGGACUGUGAUUGUGGGCAUUGGGUUAUGAGUGAGAAGUUUGAGGAGUUUAGGAAGGGUGUUGUUGAGUGGAUCACGAGGGUAGUUGAUGAACGAUGAGCGCUUUACAAAGCCCAAUAGACCUAGAAGGAAGGAGAUUCGUAUAGACAACAUCUAGACCAGUCUCAUGCUGGACGGACAUGAUAGACGGUCCUUUCGUAAGCCGGCUGCAAUGCUCGUGCUAGAUGGACAAUAUAGGCGAUCCUCUUACGAGGCUGUCCUUCGCCAGGCACUUUUUUCCCCGAAUAGAACAAGAACGUCGGUAAGGAAAAAGGGUAA